CUCUCUUUCCUUCCUCCCCGUGCUCCCAUUUCAUCUCUCUUUCACAUUUUCUGACCUUUCAUUUCCUCCCACUUGUGGCUUGUCCCUCAUAAUCGCCACUAGUUAUUUGCUGGGUGGGAUUUUACUAUUUUAGUUCAUCGGGCAUCAAAUACACUUCCUGGAAGUUGAAAUGCUUCAACUCUGAAGCGGCGAUCCACAGUUCGCAAUAUCAACGUUUCAUUUCAAGCUUUUUCACCUGCUGGGCCACAGUAAACUUGUGAAUCUUGGAAUUGCUAGUUCCUAGGAGACAAAAUCGUGGCAACUCGUGCAGAUUCCCUGUUGGCAUCUUCUCUCGUGUUUGUAGGCUUCGUUCUGAAAUACUGCCUGCCAGAAGCUGUCUUCUGAACUGUCUUUCAUGGAGUUCUUUUUCAGAACAUCGAGAUGUGGAUACCUCUCUGUAUCUGUUCGUUGCCUUGUUUGGUAAAGAGAUUCCUCAUCUCCCAAUACAUUAUAUAGAGGUUUCUCCUCCGCGUCGCCAUUAUCCGUUGGAGCUUCGGUUGCAAAGGUGACAUGGCUAGAACUAGAAGUGGUUCCCGAACGAAGAAAUCUUGCGAUUGUUGCAAGAGAUACAUGGACCAUUUGGACGGAAAGGAUCAAAAGAUGAAUUAUUUCCUUAGGCGUAUGACCACCAGUUCAAAACAUAGCAUGAUUGUGCCAAACAGAUUUCUGAAGCAUUUUGCAAGAAAGCUGUCAGGAACCAUCAAGUUAGAAUCUCCCGAUGGUAGUCUGUAUGACGUUGAAGUUGCAGAGCGCUUUAAUAAGGUAGUUCUCCGACAUGGAUGGGAGGCAUUUGUUGACGCCAAUGGCAUAGAAGAGAAUGAUUUCUUGCUGUUCCGACACACUGAGCAAUCCUGUGUUGAGGUUUUGAUCCUCGAUUCUGAUGGUUGUGAGAAAGUGUUUCCCUGUACUGGCAUAGUUAACAUACCGAGUUUUAAAGAAAGAAGUGUGGAUUCUGUUGAUAUUUCAAGCAGCUCUCAUGAUGAGACCACAGAAUCAUCAGAAAGCGAAAGAUUCACUAGGUGUCAGAAGGGUAGUUCCUAUCAUCGUAGGAAAACUGCAAAGGUGACUGCAACAUCCUCGUCAUCGAAGGAGUCAGGAGACAUUCCAUCUGAAAGCGAAUCUUAUGAGUCGGAUGAUCUUCAGACAUCCCCAGGGGAUGAUUAUGUUUUAUGCAGUAGAAGUUAUUUAUCUGAAGCACAAGAGGAGAGAGUAGUUGCACUUAUCCGGGAAAUUCAACCUAAGGUUACUGCUUUUGUAGCAAUCAUGCGAAAGAGCCAUGUCAAAGGUCCAAGUGCUUUUCUGGCUCUUCCCAAGGAAUACGCUUCUGCACAUUUUCCACAUGAAACCACGAAUAUUACACUUCAGAGGCCAGGCAAGAGCAAGAAGUGGCAUCCCAAAUUCUAUAGAAGCAAAGAUAUAAGGUUGCACAUGCUUAGAGGUCAAUGGUUAGACUUUGUACGAGACAAUCAUGUGCAAGUGGGAGAUAUUUGCCUCCUUUUACCGACAAAGGGUGUGAGAAAAUUCGCAUUUACGGUCCAUCUGCUUCACACAACAGGACCUCAUUCCAGGGUCAGAACUAGUUUUCAAAGUGUUAGCUCAUGCCAUGGUAUAUCAAGUCCAAAGAUGGCCUCAGUGGUCCAUAUUAAGGAGGAAACAACUGAUGAAGAAUAUGUUUCCUCAGAAGGUGGCAUGCAUGGAAUUUCAAACAAAUAUCUAGAGUACAAGGACCCCGGGGGAUCUUUUGAGCCUCCCUACAUUAUAUCAGUCAGAAGCUGCUUAUCUGAAUCCCAAAAGAAGAUAGUUGAAGAGAAAGUGCGAGCUAUCCAAUGUGAAGUUCCCAUUUAUGUAGCAAUCAUGAACAAGUGCAGUGUCAGCAUUCGCUACGAGCUAGAAAUAAGUGCACGGUAUGCCGCUGCAAAUCUUCCAGACAGAAGGCAGAGUAUGAUCCUCCGUUACAUGGGGAAGUCAUGGAGAACCCAGAUGGUGGUUCGUAGUGGCAGCAGGUGGUUCCUCUGUGAAGGUUGGUUCCAAUUCGUUUGUGACAACGGUCUGCGUGUCGGUGAUGUCUGUCUGUUCGAACUGGAGAAGAAUGAGAGCAAGCUUACCAUGACGGUCCACAUCAUUUUCAGUGAGCAGCUUUAGUUUGUGGUAGAAGAAAAUGGCAUCCCCUGUUCUUUCUGCUGGUACUGUUGGUAUAUUUAUUGGUCUCGGUCUGUACUCUGAAAUUAAACCAUGGCUUGUGGCUAACAGGCUAAGCUCUGUAAGGAGUUAAGAAACCAAUUAGUACGAUCAACUCUGUAAUGCACUGCUUGUGGAUUUAGGAAACCUAUUAUGUUUCGCUUGAGAUUUCUUUGUUUA